GGACAUUAGCAUCAUUCUGUGCAUUGGCAUUGUUUGUUAUGCAACUGCAUCUGAUGGCGGUGUUGGGGUGUUUUAUGUUUCCAGGGACUGCCAAAUUCCAAGGAGGCAGGUGUGCCUUUGCACAUGUUUGAAAGGACUCCAACACAUCCAGGCCAGCAGACUAUGUUCUGGCAAGUCCUGCCAGAGGACGAUGGAAAUGACCUGUCUUUUGGUGAACAAAAGAGAUGCUGCAUCAAGAGGGAGACAUCUCAGCGGGGAGAGACUUUGCCAGAGGACAUAUACAGGGCAAGCGUAGAAGUACCUCAGUGGGGUUUUCCUCUGACGUCUGAAACUCACGAGCAGCGGUGUGAGGAGAAAGGGCGACCGAAGAAGAAGCCAGUGGAGAGAGAGGGAGAACACAACGAGCGCACAGAAGUUAUUCCAGGUGUUGUUAUCCUGACCUCCUCAGGGCCCGUAGAGGGGGAGAAGCUUCCGUUUUCUGGGUACGGGAGGAAACACAAUGACAAGUCAGGGCUUGUUGUGAGUCACCCUGGGGAAGAUCCCAGCGAACGUCCUCUGUGGGGCAAAGAAAGCCAGACAAAGCAUUGCUUCUGUAAAGCUCGGGGGAUGCUUGCAGGAGGGAAACAACAUGCACCUGCCGAGUGUGGAAGAAACUCUUUUGUUGGCCACCAGAAUAUUUGCCCAGAAGAGGAACCCAAGGAAAGCCUUGAGGGUGGCCAAAGUUUCAGAUGCAGGCUGCAGAAUCGUCAAGAUGUUCCUUCAGGAAGGAAGAAGCAUGAAUGUUCCACAUGUAGGAAAAGCUUCACUUCCAGAGCAGGUUUAACAAGGCACCAGAGGAUUCAUACUGGAGAGAAACCCUACAGAUGCCUUGAGUGUGGGAAAAGCUUCAGCCGGGGAGAAAACCUGUGGAGACACCGGAGGGUCCACACUAGAGAGAAACCUUACAAAUGUUUUCACUGCAGGAAAUGUUUCAGUCAGAGAGGGGACUUGAAGAUUCAUCAGAGAAUCCAUACCGGAGAGAAACCGUACAAAUGUCCUGAAUGCGAUAAGAGCUUCAGGCGGCGACAGCACCUGAUGGGCCAUCAGAGGACCCAUAGCAGGGAGUAACUGUUUCACGUUCAUCAGAGCACUCACAAGAGACCUUACAAAUGCCACAAGGGCAGGAAAAGCCAGAAAAGAUUGUUUAAGCACCAGAGCACCUUUAUAUUGUCUGCCAUCAGAUCCUAUCACCACAUAUUCCACUUUCUUGAUACUCUCGAUAGCAAGUGGGUGGCCACUAUGAACUAUUUUUGCCCACAGCUCCUCAGCAGCAUGCUCUCCUAGUGAAGAAAGUUCCAGAAACCAUUUUUUUAUCUUGUUAAUAGUGGCUGCAGUCUUAAAAACUGCAUACUGGGACACAGUUAGUGGGAUAUCUCAUGUGUCAAACUGCUUGGGAUUAAACCAUUCUACUUGUCAUUGCUUUUCCUCAAGGAGCAUUGGGUACUAGAGUUUGGGGUGGGUCUUUUGGCAGCCCAGAGGUCUGUACUGACCUCUUGAUGUACAAUUCCCAGAGUCUGAUUCUGAGUUGUGCCCUUCUCACUUCCAACAGGGAAGCCA